AUGGCCUUAUCAUAUCACCACCGAUUUGUCAACAAACUUCGAACAUUUCUGUCAAUUAUUCUAAAAUCAUAUGACCCUUUUGGUGAUAAACUUCUUGAACAUUUUCGUUUAAAUCCAUAUUAUCCAUUUACAUCUACUCAAUCAUUUACAUUUGAAUAUAAAUAUCGUCGUUGGUCAACAAUUUAUUUCUUAAUUAUUAUACAAAUAUUAAUAUUUGUAUUAACUCUAUAUUCUUAUUAUAAUUUUCAUAUAAAUGAAUAUUGGAUAUCAGGUUCAGAAUUUCUAUUAUUAUUUAUAUUUGGACUUUUAACAAUAUUUUUAUGUUUAAAUCUUUUUGAAAAUUUCAAACAACGACGCAUUGUUUUAUCUCCAAUUGAUUUUCAUGUCUCAAUCUAUAUAAAUAAUAUAUUAAAACAACAAUGUUCAAUUGAUCAUGUUUAUAUAUGUUUACAUGAAAUUAAAUCUUAUAAUAUACUUCUUUAUCAUCUUGUAUUUAUUAUAGAAGAUAUUGAUUUUAUUAAAAUAAGUGAUUAUUUUUAUUAUAAAUUUCAAUUACGACAAAUUGGAAAAUGUUUAGCAAAAAAUUUAUAUAUUAGUUAUUUAGAAAGUCAAUAUUGGAUUGGUAUAUUUCCUAAAUAUAAAAAAUUAAAAAAUUAUAUUAAAAAUAAACAAAAACAACAAACAGUAAAUCGAAAUCAUAGAUCAAUGAUUCAAAAUAAUGAUAAUUUUCAACGAAAAUGA